CCACACACACGAACGCCCACUUUUGCACUCUACUUGGCAGAUCCUUGACCUCCUUUCAUGGGGGCGAGUAUGCAAGAAGGGAUGAUAAGCUGUUUGGCUCAAGGAUCCUCUCGAGCCGAGGCGUCCUUCAGGGUGUACUACAGCCUCGGCGCCGGCACCGUGCCCUUCGUCUGGGAGACCAAGCCCGGCACGCCCAAGCGCACCAUUGACCCCGUAGCCGCCGCAGACGACGACGUGUUGCCGCCAAUCCUGCCGCCGCCGUUGUAUCAGCCCAAGACCAUGAAGAGGUGCACAAGCACAACGAAGUCAUCUUCUUGCUGGCCUCCGCGGAUGACGAGCUGGCUAAACAUCAGGAGGCGCCGUCGUCAUCCAAUUGUGACACCUGGCUUGCACCAGACUGCGGCGUCGAUGAUCAACGGCGGCAUUGUGCCAUCCUUGGGUGCUUCUGAGGCCGGCAUGGAGCGUUGAACCUAGUGUGUAUACCUCGGCAUGGAGCGUUGAAACUAGUGUGCGUACCUCGUUAAAAGGUCGAUUGAUUAGCUGCUGCACCGGCCUACUUCCGGUGUUACUAUUUGAGUAUAUAGUGGGAGUGGUACAUAUAUAUCAUGUUGUUUGUGCUGGACUGCUGGGCCUUUAAUU